GCGACGGCGACGGUGAGCUCGGCCGGCGGGAUCCUCGCCAUGCUCCACGAGCCGGCGGAGGAGCUCAAGCUGCACGCGCUCGCCAGCCUCAACUCCGUCGUCCACCUCUUCUACCCGGAGAUCUCCACCAGCAUCCCCGCUAUUGAGAGCUUGUAUGAAGACGACGAGUUUGACCAGAGACAGCUAGCUGCAUUAGUUGUUUCUAAGGUGUUUUACUACCUGGGAGAGUUAAAUGAUGCACUGUCAUAUGCACUUGGUGCUGGACCUCUCUUUGACGUUUCCGAGGAUUCAGAUUAUGCUCGUGCUCUUUUAGCCGAAGCAUUAGAUGAAUACGUGAGUUUCAAGGCAAGAGCUUCUAAAGCUAUGGAGGAAGAAGAGAAUGUGGAUCCUAGACUAGAGACCAUAGUGGAGAGGAUGCUGGAGAGGUGUAUUCUUGAUGGGAAAUACCAACAGGCCAUGGGUAUGGCUCUUGAAUGCAGGAGACUGGAUAAGCUAGAGGAAGUAAUUGUUCGGUGUGAUAAUAUUCAUGGGGCUCUUUCAUAUUGCAUCAAUCUUUCUCAUCAAUAUGUUAGUCACCGUGAAUAUCGCUGUGAGGUUCUUCGCUAUCUUGUUAAAAUAUACCAGACUUUGGCGCAUCCAGAUUAUCUGAGCAUCUGCCAGUGCCUUAUGUUUCUGGGCGAGCCUGAAACUGUUGCGAAUAUAUUGGACACACUACUUUCUGGAAGCAAGGAUGAUGCUCUCCUUGCAUACCAAAUUGCUUUUGAUCUGGUGGAAAAUGAAAAUCAGGCCUUCCUUCUGAAUGUGAAGAACCGCCUGGACUCACAGACAGUUGAUCCAAAUGAGGCAGUGCAUGCUGAUAGGCUUGCAAAACUUAAAUGGAUACUGUCAGGGGACAAGUCUAUUCAGCUUACGCUGCAUUUUUUGCAUAGCCACAACAGGUCUGAUCUUCUAAUUCUGAAGACAAUAAAGCAGGCUGUGGAAACGAGUAGCAAUGUUUGCCAUAGUGCAACUAUUUGUUCCAAUGCGAUCAUGCAUGCGGGAACAACUGUAGAUACCUUUUUAAGAGAGAAUCUGGAAUGGUUAAGCAGGGCUACCAAUUGGGCUAAAUUUAGUGCAACAGCUGGACUAGGUGUCAUUCAUAGAGGCCACCUCCAGCAAGGUCGGGCUUUGAUGGCCCCGUAUCUACCUCAAAAUGGUGCAGUUGGUGGUGGCAGUCCAUAUUCAGAAGGUGGUGCCCUCUAUGCUUUAGGUUUGAUUCAUGCCAACCAUGGCGAAGGAAUCAAACAAUUCCUCCGUGAAAGCCUUCGCAACACCAGUGCAGAGGUCAUCCAGCAUGGUGCCUGUUUGGGACUUGGGCUUGCAUCUCUGGGGACAGCAGAUGAGGAAGUGUUUGAGGACAUAAAGAAUGUCCUUUACACAGACAGUGCAGUAGCUGGUGAAGCAGCUGGUAUUGGCAUGGGUUUGGUCAUGGUUGGGACAGCCAGUGAGAAGGCCGGUGAGAUGCUUGCUUAUGCACAUGAUACACAGCAUGAAAAGAUUAUCAGGGGUUUGGCACUUGGCAUCGCAUUGACAAUGUAUGGCAGGGAGGAGGAAGCUGACACCUUGAUCGAACAAAUGAUUAGAGAUCAAGAUCCCAUACUACGUUAUGGUGGCAUGUAUGCAUUGGCUCUAGCGUACAGGGGAACUGCAAAUAACAAAGCUAUCCAUCAGCUGCUGCAUUUUGCUGUAUCGGAUGUCAGUGAUGAUGUUCGUAGGACUGCAGUUAUGGGUCUUGGAUUUGUUCUAUAUAACGAACCUGAGCAGACUCCAAGAAUUGUGUCCCUGCUCUCUCAAUCGUACAACCCACAUGUUCGUUAUGGUGCAGCUCUAGCUGUUGGGAUAUCCUGUGCAGGCACAGGGUUAAGUGAUGCCAUUUCCUUGUUGGAGCCUCUCACAUCGGACGUUGUUGACUUCGUACGCCAGGGGGCUCUAAUUGCUAUGGCAAUGGUCAUGAUCCAGACCAAUGAGUCCUUUGAUUCCCGUGUUGGAACAUUUAGGCGUCAGUUGGAAAAGAUCAUUCUUGACAAGCACGAGGACACCAUGAGCAAAAUGGGCGCCAUACUUGCUUGUGGUAUUCUAGAUGCCGGUGGCAGGAACGUCACAAUCAAACUUCUCUCGAGGAACAAGCAUGACAAGCUCACUGCUGUGAUUGGCCUUGCUGUUUUCACCCAGUUCUGGUACUGGUAUCCUCUCCUAUACUUCAUCAGCCUGGCCUUCUCGCCAACAGCCAUCAUUGGUCUCAACGCAAAUCUGGAAGUGCCGAAGUUCGAAUUUCUGUCGCAUGCUAAGCCGUCCCUCUUUGAGUAUCCGGAACCGAAAACUGAGCAGGCUACAACUUCAGCUGUUGAGCUGCCCACGGCCAUUUUGUCAACCUAUGCCAAGGCAAAAUCUAGGGCGAAGAAGGAUGCAGAAAGCAAAGCUGCUGCUAACCAGGAAAAGACAGCACCAGAAGCAGAAAGCAAAGCUGCUAACCAGGAGAAGUCGACGGAAGAUGCUUCUGGUUCUACUUCUGGCAAGGCAGCUGACGCAAUGCAGGUGGACAGCAAUGCAGAGAAGAAGGCCCCAGAGCCAGAACCAGCCUUCCAGAUCCUGGCAAACCCAGCCCGCGUCGUCCCCCUGCAGGAGAAGUUCAUCAAGUUCAUCGAGGGCAGCCGAUAUGUCCCCGUGAGGCCCGCCCCCUGCGGCGGGUUCAUACUCCUCCGAGACACGCAGCCCAGCGAGGCCGAGGAGCUUGUUGUGCUCACCGAUGCCCCCGCAACGGGGCAGCCGGUGUCGGGUGCCUCUGCCAUGGCCGUCGACUAGGAGCCCCAGCCGCCCCAACCUUUUGAAUAUACGUCCUGAUUCAUGAUAGGAGAGAGAAUCGCCUGUAUAUACGUUUCUUAUUUCUUUUUCCCUGUAUGUAUUUUGCGGGAAUUUGUUGUUUGUCAGAAACUGUAUAAUCAUCAGAAGGUGAGAAUUUAGCUCGAAUGAGAAUCGAUCGGUUGGCAACUUAAAUCUUUUUUUUUACUGUGAUC